AUGUAUUUUUACGAGGUCCGGCUGGACCUCCUAUACGCGCAUUGCUCUUGUCAUUUUUACCUCUCCGAUAUUCGAAAUUUCGAAAUUCUUUCUCCCCUACUUUAUAUAUGACACGAUUUCCAAAAUGUUCAACAGUACGAUUUUUUCUCGUUCUUUCCAAUUCGUUUGUUGACCCCUGGCUUGGGAUCUUUAGGGCAAUUUUUUUCAGGGUUUUCAAUUCAAUCGUAGCAUUCCUGGGGUUUCUUUCUUCUCUGUGAAUUUUUCUUGGGUUUUUCUCUCUUUCUUGAGUUUUUGCAGUGUCUUGCCGUUUUGUUAGGGCCUUUAAACGAGCUUUUUCCUUUAAUGGCAUCUUCUAGUGCUUCAUCCUACCGGGACAGAACCUUUGAGUUCCAUUCUUUGUCGGAGAGAUUGAAGAAAUCCAGCGAUUUGUCCGGAAAUAGGUCAGGCAUAGAACCAGAGGCCUCUUCUUCUACCAUAUCAUCUCAAUCUGAUUUCAAUAAGAGGGCAUCGAGGAUCGGGCUUGGAAUUCAUGAGGCUUCUCAGAAGAUUGGGAGGCUAGCAAAAUUGGCAAAAAGGUCAUCUAUUUUUGACGAUCCAGUUGAAGAGAUACAAGAACUCACUGCUUUUAUAAAAAAUGACAUCCAAGCAUUAAAUAUUGCUGUUUCAGACUUGCAAGCUCUUCAAAACUCUGAAAUUGCAGAUGGUAAUUUUUCAAAUGAUAGAGUUGGUCAUUCAACCACUAUUGUUGAUGAUUUGAAGAAUAGACUUAUGGGAACUACAAAAGAGUUUAAAGAUGUUUUGACUACAAGGACAGAGAAUAUUAAAGCCCACGAAAAUAGGAAGCAAAUCUUCUCGGCAAAUGCAUUGAGAGAGAAUCCGUUUACUCAACAAUCAAAGUCAGUUUCUGAACCUCCUCCAUGGUCAAAUUUAUCUAAUGCAUCUGGAAAUUUACCAGCUCCUAUGGCCAAUGGUGCUUCAACCAGUAAUCAACUUAGGCGAAGGUUGACUGGGGACACCCCACCAUCCCACCAUAUGGAAAUGCAAAUGUUACAACAGACAGUUCCACGACAAGAAAAUUAUAUGCAGAAUAGGGCAGUUGCUCUCCAGAAUGUGGAAUCUACAAUUUCAGAAUUGGGCGGCAUAUUCACGCAGUUGGCAACUAUGGUGGCACAGCAAGGGGAGCUGGCUAUAAGGAUAGAUGAUAAUGUGGAUGAGUCACUCUCUAAUGUGGAAGGAGCCCGGAGCUCUCUUUUGAAGCAUUUAAAUUCAAUAUCUUCAAACAGGUGGCUUCUAAUCAAGAUAUUUGCUGUCCUCAUCUUUUUCAUGUUGCUGUUUGUGUUCUUUGUGCUAUGACUCUAUGAAGCAUGAAGCAAAUGUUUCAUCUACAUUCUAUGUAUAUUUCCUGCAUAGUGAGGUGGGUUUCUUGCACUAUCUCACAAACCCUGUCACUCCUGAGAGGCUGGUGGGGCCCACCUUUCUUUUCUCAUUGAAGAGUCGGCUGGAUGAAUGGUCCUGAUUUAUAGUGAAUAAACUCAUUGCGGACAAUAUGUUCCUCCACCCAAUUUUUCUUGCUCUAUAAGAUGGAAUUAUAAUAUGUAUAAAUCUCUAUAUCUUGACUUUGGUUUCAUUUUGUAAUAGCAUCUUUGGGGACAUUGAACUGCAAUUGCUAAGAAAUCCCAAUUCUUGUUCUUGUGUUUAUUAACUUCAAUAUGAACAA